GCCUCUCGCCGGCCGGCAGGGGGCGCGCGCCCGGCGGACAGGACGCUUCCAUGGAGGGGGCGGAGGCGGAAGCGCGGGAGGGGGCCGCCGUGGCCCGGGACCUGCAGGCCUUGGGGUAUGAGGGCUUCUCGGGGGCGACGUCGCGGGGCACCUCGUGUCCGGACUUCAGGGCGCUGUGCGCGCGGCUGGCGGCGGAGCUGGCGACGCUGGGCGCCCUGGAGCGGGAGCGAGGGGAGAGCGCGGAGGCGCUGAGGGCCGGCGACGGCCCCGGCGCCGAGGAGGGAUUCCUGCGACAGUUGGCCGGCCUGCUGCGGGAGCUGCGCUGCCCGGACCGCGCGCUCUGCGGCGGAGACGGCGUGGCCGCGCUGCGGGAGCCCGGCGCGAGCCUGCGCCUGCUGCGUGAGCCGGGGAUGCGGAAGGGGCGGCCCGGCCUCCGGAGGGGCGGGCCCGGCGCCGCCAAGUGGAGCCGGGGCUUUCUCUGCUCUGAACUCCAGGCUGCCCGCCUCCUCCGUCUCUACCCCCGGCUGGACCCCAGCCCCGCACAGCCCUGUGGGGAAGAGAGCGAGGAGGGAGCUGGCAUGGUCCAGGAACUGGUCCUUACCCUCCAAGCUCUGGGGCUGCCCAGACCGACGCCUGGGACCGCCGCCAGCCGGCUGCUGUGGGAGUUGCAUGACAAGCCUCAGACUACCUUCUCCCAUCAGAUCUCUGAGCUGCUGCCUUCCCUGCCCCCAGGGUUCCUGCAGCCCCUCCUCAGCUCCCCACUGGACGCCCCCAGAUGGGAGGCAUUGGAGUCUCUGUGCCAAAGGCUGGGAGAUCAGUACUGCUCUCGCCGCUGCCUGCUCCUGAAGCGCCUGGACCUCACGACAUCUUCUUUCCACUGGAGUGAUAGGGCAGAGGCCCAAGGAGAAGCCAUGAAGGCAGUGCUGAUCCCAAUUCGAGAGGCUCUGACCCCAGAAUCAAAUGUCUCCAUCGCACAUAUCCUGGCUGCCCGAGAGGACCUGUCUCGUCUUAUCCCAGCCACCAGCAAGGCUGUCCGCCGAGGGACCUGCUGUGCCAUCAACAAGGUGCUUAUGGGCAACGUGCCUGACCGGGGGGGCCGUCCAAAUGAGCUGGAGGCUCCCAUGCCCACCUGGCAGAGCAGAAGAGAGGAUGGUGGUGGGCGGAAGGCAGGCCGCCAGAGCUGGGGUCGCAAGAAGAAGAAGAAGUAAAGAGGGACUGGUGGUUGGGUGGGGGGAGGGGUCCCCUGUGACAUGCUGAUGCCAUUGGUAAUCCUUGGGGAAUCGCUUUGAGUUUCUUUUGGCAUCUGGCUCCCAGGCCCCAUGUCCCCUGUUCCCUGUUCCUAAGGUCCCAAAUGCCUACCAUCACCACCCCCCCCCCCCCCAGUCUAUCACUCAACAACAAAGACCAUGUUCUCUGGAAAAUAAAUUUAAUUUAUGACA